AUGGACGCGCAAAAUGCUGUCGAAGCCGCCUCCAGGAAGCACGUCGCUUCUCCCAAGCCGGUCGCACCAGAGCCUAACACCAUCACCAAUCACCCCAACAAAAACACCGCGACCGCCAACAACGAGAAGAACAACCACAUCAAGAACAAUAACAGCAGCAGCAACAGCACUCACUCGAAGCCGUCCUUGAGCCGCAAGUCCCCCGCCGCCGUCAGGGCAUCGCCGAAUGCCAAAGAUCCCAAGCCCCCAGCCCCUGCCCAUGCGCACGACGACGAUGGAGGCACCGACGCCAACUCCGAGGCCGAAACAAUCGUCCUGGCCGGCAAGGACGAUCGCUCUCCCAUCAAGGCCCGAAAGGCGAUAAAGCACGAGGCGAGGAGUGAUGGAGAGCACGGCGGCGCCACCCCCGUCGCGCUGCGCAAGCAGUCGUCGACGAUUGCCCGUGACGCUCGUGAUGGUGCCGACAGCCGCAGCCGCAAGAGCACGCCUGCUCGCGACAGCGGCGAGUCGGCGGCCAGCGCGUUCAAGAGGAAGCGUCUACACGGCGGGCCGGACGGCGUGAAGCCACGGGUCAAGCCUGAGCAAUGCUCCAGCGGACUCAGCUCCGCCCCAGCGUCUCCACCACACCAACAGCAGCAGGCUGGAUCCCACAAUAACAACAACGGCCGGCAGCAGCAGCAGCAGCAGCAGCAGCCACAACAGCCUCCUCGCCGACGCCGACUCUCAGCUGCAAGAUCCGCCGCCUCGGAUUCGGAAUCCAUUCGUGCACGAUCGCCCAAGCCACCUGGUCCUGUCGCCAAGGAGAAGCACCGACCGACCGACCGGCUCGUCCCCCACAAGCGGAAGGCGCCAAAGGCCGAAUCCGAAGACGAGUCAGAAAGCCACAAGGCGCGUCGCCAGCGCACCUCGGCCAUCGACAAGGACAUGCCCAAGCCAGCACGCGACUCCAACGGUGGAAGCUAUAAUAACCACGGCGGUCAACACAACAAUAGCCACAGCACCGGCCACCACGCAGCCAACUCUGGUUCUGGCCACGCUCACUCGAAGUCGUCUGCAAAAUCCCAUCACCAUGACAGUCAAGCUGCUGCCAGUAUCAGAUCCAUAUCACCCCCGCCUCGUGCUCACCGCCGCAGUAUCUCGACUCAGCUGCCACCUUCGCAAUCCUCAAACGGCCUGAGCCACAAGAAAAAGCGUAUCCCUGCCCCGCUCCAGUCUACCGACUACCACUCUGACGAUUCUUCGCCCGGGGAUAGUCCCCGCAUACGUGGCUCCAAACUUCGCAGCCUCGCCACGCCCGCGACCGCCGAAGCAAAUAUGUCGCCUGCCAAGUUCGCGCCUCACAAGAAGCAUUUGGAUGCCCACGGACAGACUUUUCUUGCACGCGCGUGUGCACGCGGCGAAUACGAUACCGCCAAACAGCGCCUUGGUGAACGUCCCGAGGAUCUCAAUGUCGCCGAUUUUGCUGGAAACACCCCACUUCAGAUCGCCUCAAUUAACGGUUUCGAGGAUAUUGUCAACCUUCUGAUCGAGGCGGGGUGUGCUCUUGACUGCGUAAACUAUGACAAGGAUACUCCGCUGCUGGACGCCGUGGAGAACGGCCACGUCGAGGUGGUGAAGCUGUUGCUGGACGCCGGUGUGAAUCCUCGAAAAGCCAACGUUAAUGGCGAAGAGCCGCUUGACCGCAUCACCGACGAGACAGACAAUGCUGACGAGAUUCGACGUUUGCUGGUGGAAGCAAAGCAGAGGGCCGGCGAGAGACGCCGGACGUCGGAGGAGCACAAUGCCAAGUACCCCGACGGACGCGACUCACACGGGCCCGAGAGCCCACGACACUCUCCUGCCACGGGGAACCCACACGCCGGAUCGUCCUCAGGCAGGCGGGCCGGCACCGUUCGGGCCACCAAGACCAGCAACCAUCUUCUCUAUAUGCCCAUGGACGACAAGACUUUGCGCCAGGCUGCUGGUAGAGGCGACGAGGAGACCGUGACUCGAAUUUUGCAGGUCAGGGACGGAUUCGACGACCCGGAAUCCAUGGUGGCUGCGGCUCGAGGAGGCCAUGACAUGAUCAUCAACCUCCUCUUGGCGCUCGGGAAUGCCAAUCCGGACCCGGGUCCCGUCGCCUCCAUGCCUCCAGAGUUUGCGACCCCGAUGCUUGCUGCCAUUGGGCAGGAAAACAUCAAGGUUGUCGAGCUUUUGCUGACGCAGGGAAAUUUUGAUCCAACCCGCAAGUUCAAGCACGAGGCGUACCACGAGAUCGCACGGCGACGUCAAGGACCGAACUGGAAGGAGGAGGAGCACAUGCUCAAGGAUGCGUACGAUGCCCACAGGAAGAGCCACAAGGAAACUGGCAAAACAAAGUCACCAGCUGCCCGUGAUCCAGAGAAGGAUUCGAAGCGCCUCCCCCGAUCCGAGGUCAAAGAGGAGCCGUCCAAGCUUCAAAAACGCAAGUUGUCCAGCCCCGCCACCGAGACAAAGAAAACCGCAUCCGGAAGGCCGCCUACUAGCCCCAAAGAAAAACGCCGUCCGGAACCGGCCAUUGCCAACCGAGACGACCCGUCGCCCCCGAAGCGAGGCUCUGGCCGCCCGAAGGAAGAUCGCCUGCCAACAAUCGCGGUUCCCGACCGUGACCCUUCUCCUGCCUCGUCCAAGCAGCUCAAGCCGAAACGCACAGAGCCCGACAUCUCUGCCGUCUCCUCUGAGGGUGAAGCCGUCAAGCCGAGACGGAAACUCAUCUCGGGCAAGGACCUGAAGGGCGAGAGGGAGAAGCAGAGACGUGCAAGCAUGGUCUCGACAGCCUCUUCACUGAAAGAGCCAUCCAGUCCUAGAGAUGGCCGGGAUGAAUCUUCCGAGAAGCCCAAGCUGGAGAAGUUCAUGGACAGGACUAAACAGCUCAAACGAGACGAGUCUCGAGACCGUCUUUCCGUUUCUAGCGAGGGUUCCACCAAGCGCCACAGAUCCAGCGCAACUCCGCCUCACGCCUCGUCAGAGAAGGACGGCGAGAAUGUACCUACAAAGAGGCGGAGACUCGACGUAGACGGAAAAGAGAAGAAGCUAAAGAUCACACCUUCUCCUGACGAUCGUCAACCGAAGUCGGCCGCACAGCGGGAUGUCACGACAAAGUCCCGCCGGGACCAUGACGCUGAAGACCGCACAGAGCUCCCCAAGAACAAAAAGCUUGAGGUGGCUCGCGCAAGAAAAGAUCCAAUCAAGGCUGCUUCUGUUGAAAGGAGCAUCCAUGUCAAAUCCGAGGAUGUCGACGUCGAGAUGCGCGACGCUAGCCAGCCGGCUGAGGAACACGAGACUCAGCCACCCCAAGCCAAGCCAGACUCGAAGGCUGCACGUGCCGAAUCCGAAUCUCGACCAGUGGCGCAGGCGGAAGCCCGGGCUCAGUCAGAAGCUCGAGCGAAGGCAGAAGCCCAAGCCCGAGCGGAUGCUCAAGCAAAGGCCGAAGCAGACGCACUGGAAGAAGCUAAGCGCAAAGAGGAGGAGGAGGACAGACGUCUAGCCGAGGAAGAGAAGCGCAAGCAAAAAGAGGAGCGGGACCGGAGGCGGCGUGAGGAAGAGGAGAGGCGCCAGCGCGAGGCUGAUGAGGCGGAGAAACGGCUCAAGGCCGAGCAAGAAGAGAGGGAGCGCAAGCGCAAAGAGGAGGAAGAGCGGAGGCGUUUGGCCGAAGAGGAAAAGAGGCGCAAGGAGGACGAGAGAAAACGUCUGGAGGAAGAAAAGAGGCGCAAAGAGGAGGAAGAGCAGAAGCGACAAGAGGAGGAGGAAAAGCGGCGGCAGGCCGAGGCCGAGGCUCGACGACUCAGGGAGCUCGAGGAAGAGCGGAAACGGCUGGAGGAGGAGGAACGCAAGCGCCAGGAGCAACUCCAGAGAGAGGCUGCCGAAGAGGCGCGGAGAAAAGAGGAAGAAGAGGAGCGCCGCAAAGAACAGGAGCGGGUACGAGAGGCCGAGAGGCGGCGGGCGGCCAGGGAGGCGGAACAGCGCCGAGUAUUUCUGGAACAGGAGGCCCGUCGGCUGGACAGAUUGCCGCCGCUGCUGCGCUGGCUCGACAGAUGCGCAAACCCGAAAUCCCCCGAGAUCGCGCAGAAGUUCAGCACCAUGCAGGGUGUCCGAUACGACUGCAUCCGGCCCGAGGCGACCGGCACCCCUGGUGGCAGGGAACAAUGGCUCCUCAACACGCAGGUUGCACUCCUGCUCGGAGAGAAGGACCUGGAGCUGUCGCGCUACACGGCGUGGGAACGAGUCCCCGUCUCGAGGAUAGCCAAGAUCGUCAUCUGGAGGCUCGAGUCCGACCGAUACGCCAUGACGACGCCAAACCUUUACGAUCUCGGCUUGCAACUCCCUGGCUACUACGAUGGCGAGGACCCCGAGAAGCUGGCCUACCGCACCGUCGAGCGUCUGCGCCAGGAAGCCAUGGAGCGGUUCUUGGAGAUGGACAUGUUCUUUGUUAAGGCCUCGGAGCUGAUGUUCAUAGUACCCAACAUCCCCCACCUCAGCAACGUCAGGCUUGCCAUGGCGUACAGGGAGCUGCCCGAGGACGAGUCGCUCAAGUGGGAGUCAUGCCAGAAGUGGAAGAUCGAUCCGGACGCAAACAGGUUCUACGGCUUUGCGCCUAGAAAGAAGUACUACCUGAACGGCGUCAUGGUGGAGGAGCAGAUGCCCGGCCUCAGCGCCGUCAGCAAGACUCCAUUCCCCGAGCAUCGCGUCCCGAGGCGCGGGACGGUGAUGAUCCCCCCGGACGACCCAGAAUACGCUCGCCACUGUAAGGAUCAAGGGCUAGAGCACCUCCUCGAGGCAAGCCAUCCGACCCCGUCUCCUUUGAUCAAUGGCGCCUCGUCCCCACCCACGAUAGCGACAAGCGCCAGCACUGCACGGCGACUAUCCACGGACGAAUCUAGCGGCGAUGGGCCACGAACAACAGCACCCGUGAACGGCACCGCGCACAGCCCCGAUGUGUCGCAAAACCCACGCGCCUCGUCGCCAUUGUCACCAAGGGCAAUGCCAGCCACCACAAUCGUGGAGCCCAGGCAGGACCCCCAGCCAUUAGUGAACGGUAUAAACGGCACUGUAAACGGCCUGGUGAAACUUGGCUAAGAACUGACGCUGCCAUGGGGAUAGAUCUGAUCAAGGAUCUUUGCUACCUGGACAUCGCCCACUCGGUGAUUCAUGAAACCGCCAUGUAUGAGCCAUGAUGUUGUCUCUCCUUGUUGUCCUAUUUCUUUUCCCGGAUGGGCUGCCCGUGGGUGUGGGCCACAUAACUUGUCACCUACCAUAUCUGUACUUAUUACUCUGUCCUACCUACCAACGUAUACAUAGGCGCCACGAUGACGACGCGGAAGAUGGACGUUUGAUCAGUUGCUAGCCAAGAGAGUUGUUCGGUAGUUUGGUCUUGCAUGCUGUCUCUUUUGUUACGAAUGUCAAUAGCAAAGAUAUCCCAAUGGCCUUUUCGUCUCUUGUUGAAUUUCCACACGCAACUUGCCAUUUAUGACUGGCAGCUCAUGCGUCGAGCGAGGCCUGGGGUGUGGGGCGUU